UUCAACCCUAACCCCCAAUUUGGUAAAUCAAUUACUUUCGUUGAGUUCUGACUUCCUGUGUCUGCGAUUUUGCGAGACGGUCAGACGGCGUUCCUGCGACGAGCGGACGACUGGCGGCGGCGGGGCGGCGAGCUACCGGCGAGGAGGCAAACGGGCAGCGUCGCAGGAGUACUUUUAGAUCUAAUUUGUGUCCACCAUCAUUCUGUUGCGACCAUGUUAUAGAAGGUGUCCAAGAUAUGUCAUCAGAUACUGCAAAAGAAAAUGUAUCUGUAGUUGAAUCAUCGGGGACUGAAUGGAAAAAUGACAAAGGGAAUAUGGAUGAUCCAGAUAUCCCAAACUAUAGAGAGAAGAACAAUACCUAUCAUUCUGGAGCAGAUUACCAGGAAAUCCCAUGUGAUCAGAUUGGCAUUUCAGCUGCAGUUGGGAAUGGAAAGCUGCAUGGCACAAGAUAUUUCAUUAUCAAGAGUUUGAACCAUGAAAACCUUCAAUUGUCAGUAAAGAAAGGCAUUUGGGCAACACAAGUUAUGAAUGAGCAUAUUCUGGAGGAAGCCUUUCAUAAUUCAAAGAAGGUUAUUCUAAUAUUUAGUGUCAACAUGAGUGGUUUCUUCCAAGGAUAUGCACAAAUGACAUCAUCUGUUGGGAGACGUGACCAUGUCUGGAGCCAAGGAAGUGGUGGGCGCAAUCCUUGGGGUCGCAGUUUUAAUGUUAAAUGGCUGCGGUUGCACGAUUUGCCUUUUCAGAAGACUCUUCAUCUGAAAAACCCAUGGAAUCAGUACAAACCUGUUAAAAUUAGUAGGGAUUGUCAGGAGUUGCAUCCAGAUGUUGGUGAAGCUCUAUGCGAGCUCCUUGAUGGAAAGGAUGUGUCUGAUGUUAAUUUCAAAGUGGACAAAUUUUUGAGGGAUGAUCUCUCUAGGCCUCAUAUAGAGCCUUCAGUUCAUUCAAGAGAUGAACAUUGUAAUAUGCCUCUGAUGCAUAUGGCUCCAAUGAUGUAUCCUGGUUUACUUUACCAGCAUCAAAUUGAUGCAAGUAGAUUCCAUGCUGAUUGCCAUGGUGCAGAUGGUAUGUUUCUACCUGAGGACUUGUGUAUUGCUUCUGGAGCCUCAAAAUGGAAGCAGUCUGGAUAUUCUCAGGGAAGCAGAAGCGUCACAAAUAUUCAUGAGGGCCCAAAUCUUUCUUCUCGAUUUGAUGUUUUGGGCUUCUCAGGUGAAAGUCCUCAUGCUAGUACUCUCACUGAUGAAGAUAUCCUAGACAUGACAUAUGAAGAGUACCUUGAAGCUCAUAGCAGAGGGAACAAAAGAGUACGCAAUCAUGUCUCAGGACCAUCAGGGAGUACACAGCAGUCAUCUAUCAGCAAAGAAAAUUGUGAAGAGUCGCAGUCGGGCUGUAGUUCUAAGAAAAGGAGUUGCGAACGCAAGUCUGAGUGAUGAUUGUAUGCACCUUCGCAGGCAAGCAGGCAAUGGUUUGCCCUUGAAUUUGGUGGCUUAGUAUUUAGCUGCAAAGCAGCCUUAAAUUCGAACCUAUUCUUUUUUUAUUUUGUAAACCUCAAAAUUAGGGGUGAAUAUAUGGCACUGUUGUAUUAUAUUGUACUGUAUUGUUGUCAAAUUCUUACACCUUGUUGAAAUAUAUUUCAAUGGGUGGUUGAAUAUUUGUAUAGCUUCACUGUUUCACAACUAUCAUUCAUGUUUCUCUUUC